ACAUGCAAAACUCUAAGGGCUCCAAUGGGGUGCGCCUGAUGCGAUUCCCCCUCCCCACUCCACGCCUGGCCCGGACCAACGCAACAAAGUUGUGGGCAAGGAGGUCUGCAGGACACCUCGUGGGGCGAAGGGGCCCUGGGCCACCUGGGAGGGGGCGGGACGGGGAGGUCGGAGUCCCUGCAGCUACCCAGGGCACGGCGCGCGCAGGGCCACCUGUUGCGGCGGCAGUGGGAGGCCGAGGCUCCCGGCUCUCCCAGGUCUUGCGCUGGCCGACGUGCAGGAGGUGCAGCGCACACCCCGCAGGCUCGAGCGGCCGGGGCUUCCGCCGGGUCAGCUGACCGCCCAGUGCGGAACUGCGCUGCGCGCCGCCGUCGCAGUGCUCAGUGCCUCGCGCCCACCGCCCCUGGGCCACCAUGGCUGGGCUCGUGGUCAGUGGAACUCAAGUGUCCUACAUAGGCCAGGACUGCAGAGAAAUUCCAGAACACCUUGGCAGGAACUGUGGACAUUUUGCAAAGAGGCUUGAUCUGAGCUUCAACCUUCUGAGGUCACUGGAAGGACUGAGUGCAUUCAGGAGCCUGGAGGAACUCAUCUUGGACAACAAUUUGCUUGGAGACGACCUCGUGUUGCCAGGGUUACCCCGGCUCCACACCUUAACCCUCAACAAGAACCAAAUCACUGAUUUGGAGUGUCUGCUCAAUCACCUGGCGGAAGUGACACCAGCUCUGGAGUACCUCAGCUUGCUGGGCAACGUGGCAUGUCCCAACGAGCUGGUCAGCUUGGAAAAGGAUGAGGAGGACUACAAGCGAUACAGGUGCUUUGUUCUGCAUAAACUGUCUAAAUUGAAGUUUUUGGAUGCCCGGAAAGUAACUAGACAAGAACGAGAGGAGGCAUUGGUCAGAGGGGCCUUUAUGAAAGUGGUGAAGCCCAAGCCUUCCAGUGGGGAUGUUGCUGCCUCUCCAGAGCACCACUACACACCCCUACCUUCUGCUUCCAGAGAACUCACUAGUCACCGAGGUGUCCUGGGCAAGUCCCGCUAUGUUUACUAUGGGAAAAACUCCGAAGGUAACAGGUUUAUCCGAGAUGAUCAGCUCUGAAGACAAACUUGAUAUGCCUUUGCCCAUUUUGUGAAAAUCAAAGGAAAAGGGAAGCAAAAAUAAAAGGCCAAAGGAAAAAACAAUGACCCACUUCGUGUCUCUGUGGGAAGGCUCUGACUUCAGCUGUUGGUACCUUGUGCUGACUUUGCCCAGCCCGUCAAGAUCAUCCUUCUGCCUUCCACUGAGUGGUCACAGAGAGAUCGACAUGAUUGCCCUUAAGCAGGUCUCAUCCACCAGGGUGACAGACGGCGGCGGCGAAGCACCAGGGCUGACAGCGUGAACACCAUGAUAGAUUGCCUGGUCCCUCCAUGGCUCACAGGGGAGCAGAGGUCACACCUGGGGCCUCCCCAGGCAUGCUCGGUAGCUGCAGCUGAGGUAGAGAGCCUGUCUUCCACUUACCUAGUAAGUCAAGAUCCCUCUGAUACCACUCUGCUGUAGGUUUCAUUUUAGUGGAAGUCACAGAUUAGGAGAAGGACCCUCAAAUCUUAGCCUUUAUAUUCCACAUAUGAAUGGCUCAAAUGCUCACCCCUCUCCCCUCUCCAACACUUCAGCGUCAUCUUUACCCCAGGUGGCCUAUGCCAUGUCCAGUUUUUCAGAGAACAGAAAGGAUAACCUCGCAGCCAAGUCAUACAUUUCAUGGCCAGCUUCGUGUUGCUACCAAUCUUAUAUCUGAUUAAAUUGCUUUCUCUGAAUCCCAGACUACAAAAGCAUGGACUUCAUCUUAUUUCAUUCAUUUCCAAAUCCAUUUCUUGUCCUAAACACAAUGCAGCAAGAGGAAUCUUUCCCAGAAAGAGGAUCAGAUUGCACCAGGGUCCCUUACUUAUUUUUAAACACACACACUUCUAGCUAUGCCUAUGGCCAUAUUUGUGCUAGGGGCUGGCUUGCUCCUUCGGGUGCUAUUUAAAAGUAGUGAGGUGAUGAAAGCUAGAGUGAUGGGUCAGGAGGUUGAAAAACAAAAUGAAGACUGUAGAAAAUAUCCACCAGACCACAUGAUUUUUACAGAAGGCGCAAACCUUUUGAGUUUCAUGCCCCCCCCCGGGGGGGGCGCUCAAAAAUUAGAUCCAUAGUUUAGGAGACACUGCUGUGUCUCUGUGCAUCCUUGGUUGUAUUCUAGCACCAAGGUCACAAGGGAAAUAAGCACUAUCGUGCUAGUUGGGUGACUGCCUUUUGCUGAACUUAUGGGUGCACAAGUCAAAUGACUCUGGAAGAUGUGGGAAAGACUGGUUUGAUGUUUGGCACAGUAGCAUUUAUUUUUGCUUCUUGUAUUUGGACCAGAUGUUCAUUGUCCUGGGCCCCCCAGUAUUAGGACAGCAAAGCCUGGAAGAUAAUCCUUCCAAGUCACAGCUACCAAGUGACAAGAGAGUUGCUAUUGUAAAAGUCCUUGGGGACACAGAAUCCCUGAGCUGCCUGAGAAGAACCCUCUUUCUCAGCUCCAGUCCGUUUACAUAGCCUCUGGCCUCUGAGUCAACACAGUCCUGGAAUGACAUGGAUUGAGGCUGGCAGGAGUCCCGCUUGUAGAUUAUACAACCUCCAUUAAUCAGCUGUUCAGACUAGUUAGCAUUAAAAUCCUCGAGACCAUUAAUAAUUAGAGAUUAUUGAAUGUUUGCGUACAUCUCUCCGACCUAUUGAUGAGGAGAAAGAAUUGAGUACCUUUUCUGUGUCUGAUCCACAAAACAGCAUUGGGAUAACAUUUUAAAUCACCUGCUCUCAGUCCCACCUUGGCUCUUUGUGCAGGAGCAUGAGCACGUGUUUCGUCCAUGGCAUAUUAUGGGCAACAGAGCUCUCCACAAGGGCAGCUAGACCAGUCCAGUGUCACAUCCAAUCUAACGGCACAUAUAUCCUUGUCUUUAUAAAAGGCUUUAACCCUGCCUCAAACAAUAAAAAAGCACUUGUGAACUGACCACAGAAUUUUUCCAUCUUUAUUUUUCUUACUUGUUUACUUUUCUUAAUGUCAGAACCAUUUGUAUCAUGUGCAGGAAUGUC